CAACCAAACAGACCCAGUUCAGUAUCCACCAGAGCUUCUCGCUUUUUCUUCUGUGAACUCUCUCUUCCUCUCUCCAACCUUUUUUUUUUCUCCUUUAAUCCUCAGUAAAAAUCCAGAAAAGCAGACAAAUCCUUUGUCUCAUUGUCUUUAUGUUCUUUCCAAAAACAAAAACCAGUGCAAGCAAAACAAAACCGCAGAAUCAUAUCCUCAUAAAGCUUUUACAGUAGUUUCUCUCGAAUUUUCCCCAGAAAAAUAAAUCCGAACCCAUUUAUCUGAAAUCGAUGACAACCUCAAGAAACAGAGCUUUCUCUCGUCCAUCGACAUUUUCCCUCUCUUUCUCGCUCUUUCUCGCGUUCUCUUGCCUCCUGAUACCGAGACACGUUGCUCAAGGAGCCCAUCAAUGGCAAUCUCCGAUCAAAACCGUCGUCGUUUUGGUGAUGGAGAAUCGAUCCUUCGAUCACAUGCUGGGUUGGAUGAAGAAAUCGAUAAACCCAUCGAUCAACGGAGUCACGGGUCGAGAAUGCAACCCGGUUUCGACAAAAGAUCCAAAUAACACCCGGAUCAUAUGCUUCACCAACGACGCGGAGUUCGUGGAUCCGGAUCCGGGUCACUCGUUCGAGGCCGUGGAGGAGCAGGUAUUCGGGUCGGGCCGGAUCCCGUCGAUGAUGGGUUUCGUGGAACAGGCUCUGUCCAUGCCCGGCAACCUGUCGGAGACGGUGAUGAAAGGGUUCCGACCGGAGGCCGUACCGGUUUACGCCGAACUGGUUAAGGAGUUCGCGGUUUUCGACCGAUGGUUUUCUUCGAUUCCCGGUCCGACCCAACCGAACCGGCUUUUCGUCUACUCCGCGACCUCCCAUGGCUCCACAAGCCAUGUCAAGAAGCUCCUCGCUCAAGGGUAUCCGCAGAAGACGAUAUUCGAUUCGGUCCACGAGAACGGGAUCGAUUUCGGGAUAUAUUUCCAGAACAUACCCACGACAUUGUUCUACAGAAACCUCAGAAAGCUGAAGUAUAUUUUCAAAUUGCAUCAGUACAACCUGAGAUUCAAGAAAGACGCGGAGAAGGGUAAGCUACCGAGCUUAACCGUGAUCGAACCGAGGUACUUCGAUCUGAAGGGCAUGCCCGGAAACGAUGAUCAUCCGGCGCAUGACGUGGCGAACGGACAGAAACUGGUGAAAGAAGUGUACGAGACAUUGAGAUCGAGCCCUCAAUGGAACGAGACAGCGCUGAUCAUAACGUACGAUGAGCAUGGUGGAUUCUACGACCAUGUCCAGACGCCUUUCGAGGGUGUACCGAAUCCGGAUGGCAAUACCGGACCGGCUCCCGGUUUUUUUAAAUUCGACCGGUUAGGUGUUCGGGUUCCCACCAUUGUGGUCUCCCCUUGGAUCCAGAAAGGAACCGUGGUGAGUGGACCAAAUGGGCCGACGGAGACGUCGGAGUAUGAGCAUUCGUCAAUACCGGCGACCGUCAAGAAACUCUUCAACCUCUCCUCAAAUUUCUUAACGCACAGAGAUGCGUGGGCCGGCACUUUCGAACACAUCUUCUCUCCCCUGUCCUCCCCUAGAUCCGAUUGCCCUCUGACCCUGCCCGAGGUUUCGCCGAUGAGAAGUACGGAAGCCAAAGAGGAGGCGGCUCUGUCGGAGUUUCAGGGGGAAGUGGUCCAACUGGCGGCUGUCCUGAACGGAGACCAUUUCCUCAGCAGCUUUCCAGACGAGGUCGGGAAGAAGAUGACUGUGAGAGAGGCGCACGAGUACAUCAGAGGGGCCACUUCUCGGUUCAUCAGAGCCAGCAAAGAGGCCAUCAGCCUCGGGGCCGAUGAAUCCGCCAUUGUCGAUAUGCGCUCCUCUCUUACAACUCGGUCUCGAACCAACCACUAACCUCUUCCCGGUGUUGUUGUUAUUCUGUGUGUGUGAGGAACGGAGAAGCAAGGGAACUAGAUGACAGCUUCUUCUUAGGUUGGUUAGUUAAUGUUGUCAGCGUUGUGAAUUUUGAUUCUUCUUCUUCUUCUUCUUCUUCUUCCUGAACAAACACUGAGAAUCCAUGGAUGUAACCAUGAGAAAGUACUUUUAUAUGAGUGCGUUCUCUGUUCCACCUAAAUUCCACAUACAUUUUACUCA